AAGUACUGAGCUAUGUUGUACCUCAUCAAUGCUUGUUUUAUUGUUUGUUUGGAUCAGUGUUUAAGAACCAAGUGAUGUUUUGUUGUGCAAGGAGUUUACUGAGAUGUUCCCAACAGUUUUCUUUUUCUCCUUUUGAAAUUUGAUUACAUAAUGACACAAGUUUGGUUUGCCAAAUUGAUCGAGUGGACGAUUCUUAAUACCUAUAGAAACUCAUCAUCUGUAUACGAAAUUUAACAUAUACUAAAGCUCAAUUAAUCCACUGUUGACAACUGUUCAUAAGCGUGCGUAAUGACUGUCUUGCCCUUUUCUUUCCAUCAAUGACUGUGAGUGCGGGGUUUUGAUAGAGGUUUACUGUGGUUUUCAUGCGAGGAUAGAAGGGACUGGUCCGAAUCUUCGAUCUGUAAAGAUUUGAUAUAGGAUUGGUGAUCUUUCUCUUCCUUCGUAAUCUGGUCUGCGACUGCGAAUCAUUGAUUAUUGAUUCGUUGUUUUAUCUUUGAUGGUCGGGUCGGGUUGGACUGAAAGUGAGAGUGAGUGAGAGAGAAAGAUCAAUCUCUUUCGAAUCAGAUUGGGCUUUGUGGAAAACAGAAGAAGAAGGCUUGCUGUUGUUUAGUUUAUUCUUCUGAGGUAUAGUCGGUAGACUUGGAUUCAGAUUUGUUUUCUUUCUGCUCAUUAUCUCCUCUAAUGUGAAUGUCAGAUGAGAGGGUUGGACUCUAUUCGAUCUUUAGCAUCAGAGCUUUUUCCAAUCUAUUGAUAAAAGGUUUAAAACAGAACACCAGCUAAAGUGUUGAAGCUCCAGAGUUUAAACUCAAGGGUGAGGCAUAACUAAAGGUCGCCACAUGAAUCCAAUUGAAUCCGGUAUUUUGAUCCAUUUCAAUUCUAUCACUUAUCAAGAACAAUCCACAGAGGGAUAGACUGUCUGCUUUCCUACCUCCUGUCUUAAUCUGAGUGAAAGCUCAGGUAGCUCAGCUAGAAAACUAGCUCAGGAGAGGAUCCUCUCCCGAACUAUAAACUGCUUCUCCUUCAAACAAUGCACAUAAUUCCACUGCUCGCAUAAUUCUAAUCUGAAGAAUUUACACAGGCAUUUCAUCAAACACCUUGUGUGCAACAUAAACAACCAAACCGAAAAAAAAGAGUCCCCAUAAAAAAAAAAUUAAAAAAAAAAAACUGAAUUUACCAUAAUAGUCUUCGAAAACAGAAACUUUGAGACGAAAGAAGUAUAUUGGUACGAGGUUAAAAUCGUAAUAGCAGUAUAUCUAUUAAAGUACACUCCUCCAUCCCCAAAUCCCCGAGUCCCUAGUUGCAUAUCAUUUCAGAAUUUCUAAGAAACUCUGAUCUUCUCAGAAUGAAUCUGCAGGUUUUUCAAGUCUCUCGCAAGGUUACUUCUGUAAUCUGGAUGCUGCAACUGUUGUGUACGUAAACGUUGAUGUCUUGAGCAGAACAUGGCAAUUGUAUCGGCAAAGCUUUGCAGAUCUCUUCUUCCUUUACAUUGUUGUCUCCUCAAGUAUCGCUCGAUUAACUCAAUAUCUCCAUCGCAUGCCCUCCACGAAACUGUAAAAAAUGCAGUUGAAGCCAAAGCCUAUGAGCAGAUUCCUGAUCUUCUCGUUUCCUUUGAACAAGCUUUUCAAAACCCGAAUCCUUUUGCUUUCCUAUCAACCUUUCCCGACAGCCUUAGAAUGCAAGUAGUUGAUGAAAUCUUACAGUCUUUCAUCCCCAUAAGGCCCCGCUUUCGUGCUCAGGCUGCCUAUGCCUACCUCCUGUCUUUUACUCUCCAAAGCUCCAAUCCUCUCCCUCUUGGUCUUGCCGUUCUCCAGCGAACUCUUCGCUCUGGUUGCGUCCCUGUUGCCCAAACUCGUCUUUUCCUCUCGUCUGCUUGGCUGAACUGCAGGAAGGAAUCUCAGUCUGUCUCUGACACCCUAUUUGAGAUGCAGUCAAUUGGAUAUCACCCUGACAGUAGUACGUGUAACUACCUUAUAUGGUCUUUGUGUGAUGUUGAUCAAUUGAAUGAGGCUGUUAAAGUCUUGAAGGGCAUGAAUAGGGCUGGAUGUGUUCCUGAUUUGGAGAGUUUUGACACAGUAGUUCGUGCUAUGUGCAGGGUCAGAAAAACUUCUGAGGCAUUAGAUAUGAUAAAGAAAAUGGUGGAGAAAGUUGGGUUGACACCGAGGCAGGGGACUAUUGUGAAAGUAGCAGCAGCAUUGCGAGCAAACAGAGAGAUAUGGAGAGCAGUUGAGCUGAUUGAGUUCUUAGAGAGGAAGGAUUACCCUGUUGGGUUUGAGAGCUAUGAUUUAGUGGUUAAAGGCUGCUUGGAUUCCGGUGAGAAUAUUUUGGCCGGGAAGGUGGUCAUGAGGAUGACAGAGAAAGGCUUCAUACCGUAUAUCAGGACCAGGCACAAGGUCGUGGACAGGUUGGCUGGUGCUGGUGAGUGGAAGUUAGCUUAUGCUGUGAGACAAAGAUUUGCAGAAUUGAGGUCUUAGUUCCUUCUGUUUCUUCCUUGAGUCCAUGGAAUGCUAGCAUAUAAGGGGGCUGGUUUUCAGUGGGAUGUUUUGCACCUUAACUUUGAGGCCAAUGUUCCUUGGUGCUGCUACUCAGCUUCUCAAAAGUCUGGUGAUAUAUGAGAAGACAACGAUACAUAGAAGUGGUGAGAACAACCCCUAGAUUUCUCUGACAGGUGAAGUUACUUCGACCAAACUGCUGCACUAGGAAAGUUGUGAUCUAGGUUUUACAGAUAAAAAGAGAGUGCAAUUUCAAAGAUUCUCACUCCCAAGUUGGACUCUCUACAAUGUCUCACAAUCAAAGAAACGUUCAACCAACCUUUGAGGUAGAAUCUGGAAUAUCAGUUUCACAAUUCGUUCAAAAGGGUGUUUAAAUCACUAACAGGUGUAAGAAACCAUGGCGGUUUGGUUUGGGUCAGGUGUGGACUGGCAACAAGAAAGAGAUGAUGGGUUUUAUAUGAGGGGGUCUGUGGAGCUUGCCAGAAAGGCUCUCAUGUCUGCUAGCCAAUCAAUGGUGGGUUUUGUUAUUGUCAAGGAUGGCAAGGUUAUUGGUCAAGGGUUUCACCCUAAAGCUGGCCAACCACAUAUUGAGGUUCUUGAUCUGAGAUAUGCUGGCGAUGUGGCAGAGAAUGCAACAGCAUAUGUGAGCUUGGAACCAUGUAAUCACUGUUGGAGAAGUUAUGGAAACGUCAGAGGAGAUUCUGUUUUGGUUGUACGUUGUUAAUGUAAGCAUUAUUACAUAUAUUGUUCUUAUCUGACUAAUUUUAGGCAGAUCUAUUAUCUGGAUUGUCUUUUCUCUUUCUUUCUUUCUUUAGCUCUGUUUAUUUGAACCUUAUCUCGUUUAAAAGUUUCAUCUUUGAUUUCAGCGUCUC